AUAAGCCGAUCUCUCUCAACGGCAAGUCAAUCACCAAUAAUUCGCCCUUUUCGUUCACCUCGCUCACCUUACUUUUCCUCCUGGAGUCGACUGGGAGGGUGCUCUGCCAACACCUACACACAAACUCAUUCGUCCGUUUUUAUACGCUAAAUUGGCCAUCGUCCUUUUCAUCCUCCUUUUCAAUCUCUUUCGUCUGCUGCAGUUUUUAGCAGAUUUGUGACUAUGGGUCGGAUUAGGUUACGCCUUUCUUUGGUUACCCCAUCAAUUGUUCUCCUUGUCUCAACUUUCUCAUCCGUUCUUGGACAAUGGAGCAAUCCCAACGGUUUGGUUCGUCCCAUUCGGAAUACUGCCAUGAACUGUGGGAACUGUCCACCCGGCUAUCAGCGAGAUCAGGGUGCGUACGGAAUGUGUGGACCAUGCGUUCCUGAAAAUAAGUCUUGUACUCCUGGAUAUGUCCUCGUGGGGAAUCAAUGCAACCAGUGCCCAUGUCCCAGCACGGACAGAAACUUUGGGACUUCCUGUCGAGUGGAUGUGGAUGGGCAGAUAACGUGCCAGUGUCCCGAGGGGUAUGCUGGUCGUGACUGCAGCCAAUGUGCUCCAGGGGCCGUGCAGUCCAACCAGUAUCCCUACAACUGCAUCCGGGUCAACCAGACGAGCAGCGUGGUGAGUCCGGGAUGUCCUCCAGGGAAUUAUUGUCCCGCUCAGCCAGUUUCUCAGGUGGUGGGAACCCCACUCAUCCCGCCGCCACCACAACAGACCGCAUGUCCCACCAACAAUUGCUAUCCCAGCCAACCCUGCCCAGUUCCAAGUCCUCCCAAUCCAUGGCCUCAGCCUGUUGUUGUCCCACCACAACCAUGUCCGGUCCCAAUACCUGGUCCUGGUCCAAUUCUCUGUCCCACACAACCUGUACAGUGCCCCCCGUGCCCAAUACCAGGAAAUAAUCCAUGUAUUCCCACACAACCACAACAACCUUGUCCUGUCCCGUGUCCCGUUGUUCCACCACAGCCUUGUGUCCCCAAUGGUCCAUGUCCCGCUCCACCACAGCCAUGUCUUCCAAAUCUUCCGUACCCUUGUCCUGUCCCCCCUCAACCUCCUCAACCAUGUAUCCCGAAUGGUAACUGUCCCAUAACUCCAGUUAUUCCUCAACUCCCUUGUCCCCCAUGUCCUACAUGCCCUUCGACUUGUCCUUCUCCAUGUCCACAAAUUCCAAACCCCGGGCCUUGUAAUCAGUGUCCAGAUCCGUGUCAGAGAUGCCCUGAUAUUCCAAAUUGCCCCAUGUGUCCCCCUUGUCCCAACUGUCCUCAGAUUCCUCCUUGCAACCCCUGUCCAAACCCUUGCCCUCCAUGCUAUCCGGGCGGCGGAGGAUGCAAUGUCACGUGUCCAGAUACCUGCAAAGCUUGUCCACAGUGCCCAGACUGCCGGCUGGACGUCACUUGUCCUGGUGUUGGGCUGAAUAUAACCCUCCCGUGCAUUUGUGAUCCACGAGGAACUGUGAGUCAGUACGGGGAAACCUGCUUCUGCAAGACCAAUGUGGGAGGACAACGAUGCAACACCUGCAAACCCGGCUACUUUGCUCUUGCUGGGAAUCGGACUGAGGGCUGCAUUCCGUGCUGGGGUUCCGGCGUGUCGUCCUAUUGUAGCGCCGCCAUUUUCUACAGAAGUUGGAUCGAACCCUCGAGAACUAGCGACUGCUCCAUCGAGCUCACCGACGAGGCCAGCACCAUCGUGUACAACAGCGACUCGAGAGGGAAAUUCAGCUGGGAUGGGAAGGAGGCGAGACUCAGUUUGACCGUGUCGACCAGGUUGUUCUGGUCACUUCCGGGCUGCUUCAAGGGCAAUCGCCUGACUUCUUACGGAGGGAUUUUGCGUUUUUCGCGAAUGUUUACUGGGAGCGGAGCUGGUUUGGGACCAGACAACGACGUCAUCAUCGUGGGCGGCAACGGAGCGCGACUCUACUACAGCUCUUUCCGCAAUCAGACGACCGGCCUUUGGGAAAAAUUGGAAGUCCUGUUGGACGAGUCGACGCAUAUGAUCUUCUACAAAAAUGGGGACUCCCGGGUCGCGACGAGAUUCGACAUCCUUGAAGUUCUCGCGGAUGUUCACCUAAUUUUGAUCCGAGCCACCUUCACGGGCACCACGCUGUCCACUUCUAUCAGAGACGUGGCCCUGGGCACCGUCUCAAAAUGGUACACUGGGCUGGGAUUUGUCCUCGUCAUUGAGCAGGCCAGGUGUCCAACGGGAUAUCAAGGGCUCUCCUGCGAGAGUUGUUCGGUGGGAUACUACCGAGACGCGACGGACAUGACGACAAGUGUCUUUGGCGCCUGUAAGUUGUGUCCGUGUGGGAGGAACGCAUUGGGAUGCCACGUCUCGUACGGAAAUAUUCACUGCUCCUGCAAACCCGGAUUUACGGGAGAGCGGUGUCAAGAUCGAGAGGUGAUCACCGUGACACUCGACCCAUUUUGGGUGCGGGACUGCGAGGACACAGAGAUCGACUUCACCUGCACUUUCACCACCAACAGCAAGCGGAUCCUCAUGAUGCGGUUGGGGCCAGAGUCGAAUGCGGGCUACAGCUCUCACGUCACGUCCCUCUCCCGAACGUAUACCCUCAACUCGACCUUGGGCAGGAUCAAGUGCGAAAUUUUGGAUCAGAGUGACCUCGUGUGGGCCACCGUUUAUGCUGCCACGAAAAUUGAACCCUGCGUUCCCGCCGUUGUUGUUCCACCAAAGACGAUCACAAUUGUCACGGACGAUUUUAUUUGUGUGGACGAAGGGGAAAAGGUGGCGAUGACGGCCAACGUUUUCUACUACGGAUCCAUUACGGUGAGACCGGACUGGUAUAAAGAGGGUGAAAUUGCUCCCCGCUACAAUGGACCCGAGUUCGUCAUCCACAGCGCUAGGAUGACCGACAACGGCACCUACAUCGUGGCUGCUCUUCAGGGAGACACGAUGGACGUGAAGCACGUCUCGCUGAUCGUCCGACCCAAGUACCCCAAGAAUCCGAGCGAUGAUCCUAAAAUCCUCAUGAUUGAAGACGGUGGUGGUCCCUCCGCAUACGCCUUCAACAAGUCCACCCAGUCCAUAUUUCCCAUCAAGAGUAACACCAGUUAUUACAACAACGCCAACAAGACCAAGCCAAAGUGGGCUCAAUUCCAACCUCCGCAAACGCCGAUAAAGCCGUCGAUUCUCCACUCGAUGCAAAAGGACCAGGCGGUGGACGGCUAUCCCUCCGUGAUUGUGGAGCCGACCGAGAUUCGUGCCCAGGUCGGAGAGACGGUCACUCUCCAAUGCAACGCGAGUGGGGAGGAGCCCAUGAAAUUCUAUUGGAAGAGUGGGUCCAGCGACUACAUUCCCGUCCACGUCAGAGUGUCGCGAGGGGCCCUGAUCUUCAAAGCCAUUAAGAAGGAGGACGAAGGGUCGUACUAUUGUGUCGCGUGGAACCACAUCGGCCAGGUCACUGCGAGGGCAACCAUUCUCGUAACUGAGAAACCUGUCGUAGUUGCUCCAGUAGCCCCUCCAUUGACCGUCUUCAUUUCAAAGAUGCAAGUCGAAGUGGCGGAAGGCCAUCACGCUUAUUUCAACUGCUCCACCAACAAUCCCAACGUGAAGCCCAUGUGGUCCAAGAAGAAUGACGAGCUUCCCAAAAGUUCAGAGGUGAUGAAGAACGGGACGCUGAUCAUUUACCGGGUGCGAAGUUCGGAUGCUGGAGUUUAUGUGUGCAAAGCGAUGGGUCCUGGAGGCAGCAUGGCCGAGGUGGAGGCCACUCUCGGAUUCAUUCCGGCGAUGCCGUCGACAAUCCCGUCAAUCAGCUUCAACCCCAAGUCUCCCGUGAAACGGAGGAGUGGAGAACAAGUCCGCAUCGAGUGCACGGCAUCCGGCUACCCGACCCCCAACAUUACGUGGUUUCGCUCCCUAGAGGGGUCAGAGAAGAUGCUGAUAACGUCUCAAGGGAACCUCACGGCCUUAGAAAUUGCCCACCUGACAAAGGCCGACGAGGGAAAGUACACUUGCACUGCGAGCAACGUGGCUGGCUCCAAGAGUGAGAGUCUCUCCUUGAUUGUGGACGACGUCAUCCUUUGCAAACUCAACGAGUUCCGGUGCAAAUCAGGCGACCAGUGCGUCCCCAAAGAGGAUCGUUGCGACAAUGAGAGAGACUGCAAAGACGGGAGCGAUGAGCAUCACUGUCGCAAACGAAGUCGACGACAAGCCUCCAAGUCCUAAAUUUCUCAUGAAAAUGUGGCGUUUCUCUUUAAAAUCUAUUAGAUUUAGGUAAUUUUAUGCUGACUAGACAAUAAGCAGUAGUUACAUAAUGUCAUAAUGUGUUCAUAUUGUAUGAAAACACUGCCAUUGAAUAAUUCCGAACCAAGUUGUACAUAUUUAAGGUUAAUUUAUUUAGUUGAAUUCCUCUGUUUUGCUGAAUGAUGAGCAGCAUCAAUGCCUACUGACGUAUUCUAUGCAUGUAUAUCCACUUAUUGUGUACCGUCACCAUUAAUUAUUUGUUAAGGAUUUCAGUACUCUCUUCACUGUGUUCAAUCAUUUUUGUUAAACGGGUAGUAACUUAGUUAUUAAGGGGGAUAAUAUAUGUAUGCAUACAUUUAUGAUAUCGUUAAUAGCCAUACACUACGACUUCUGCCCUGUGUUGCACACAUUUUUGAGCUCUUUUUGCUAAUGUAAUAAUAAAAUCAAAUGAUAAUAAAAGCAUCAAUUUUGAUGAUGAUGAUGUUUCUCAA